AUAGGGCAUAAAAUGUCCAUCUUCUUUCUUCUCAGGUGUCUGUCCUUAGUUCAAUCCUUCUGUCUGGACCAGUGCUAGUGGUGAUAAUAUAUUUUAAUAUUUUCUCCAGGAGUAAGUUAUUCUCCAUUUUGCUGGGUAAGAGCCCUUAGGGAAGUGUGAGACAAGGAGGAACACCAGUGUAUCUAUGUGACAAACUUUCUGUACAUCCUAUACUGGAAUGCCAAAUUAUUGCUGCUGGGGACUGGUCUUUUGGUUUGUACACAGUCCCUGACCCAGUCAACAAAAACUCUUCCUCCGUUUAGCAGAGAAGCUUGAUCAGGAAUGGCUGAUGUUGCAGCUGUAUGUAGCUAAUAAGCUGCACAAAUUAAAGACUUCCUGUGUUGAGUUUCUCUAAGAAGCUUGCUGCCAUGUCAGACACAAGUGAAGGUGACGGAUUGUGAUGUGCAUUCCCCCCACCCUGAGGAUUCUUUAAGCAAUCUUAAAACACUCAUUUGUAACACAAGCAUGCAUCCAACUGCUGGAACUCCUGUCUUCUGCCUGGGACUGGGAUAGUGGUUCUCUGCACAGCAGGCAGGGAUGCUCAGAAAAGCAAAGUUAAUCUUGCCAUGUAACUGCCCCACAGCUGGGAUAAGUUAUGUGUUGUGCUGUUUGAUUUUUGAUUUAUAUCAGCUCACAACUCUGAACCGUUUUGUAGCCUUGUUUGCUGAAUAAAAGAACUGUCCUGCCAAAGCCAUCUCUGAGUGGAUUGCUGCAGUCAUAUCACUUCUGGUAGCCAUCUUGCAGUCCUGAUUUCCCACCUCAGAUAUAAAAGCCUAUGAAAUGUCUUUUUUCUCGCUUUUACAUCUCGGCCAAAAAAACUUAAAUGAAGUCCACUUUACUCAUUUUAAUUGGUAAUGACACUGGUAAGUUAGAGAACAUGUUCAGCAAGUCUGAUAACUUGACUGUUCUGUGAGAGUUUUUGCCAUUUUUCUAAGUCAAAUGUAGUGUCCAGUCAGGAAGCUGGCUUUCUUGUGUCUCCUGAAAAGAAGUUCCAUUUGUGAAGGUUGUGAAUGUUAGUUUUAAGUGAGGGUCAGCUGAUAGAGCUCCAGUGCUUCCUUUUAGGUUUUUAUGCUAUUUUUACCUGUUGAUUUUCUUUUUAGAAUACCUGAAUUUUCAUAAUUUGAUUUAAAUUGUUCAUAUGUCCCAUUACAGCAUGUAACAUAAUAGAAAAAAAAAAUCCACUAGUAUAUUGUGAUACAUUGGAUAUGCUUCCUGCAUCUGAAAUCAAUGAAUGAUGUUGAGAUCUGUUUGUUCAGUUGGAAAAGCAGAUUACUCUUUACAUCUGUAGAAAUGGACAGCAGCAGUUUCAUUCAGUUUGAUGUGCCGGAGUACAGCAACACUGUUCUGAGCCAGUUAAACGAACUCCGCUUGCAAGGGAAACUCUGUGACAUAAUUGUGCACAUCCAGGGCCAGCCGUUCCGUGCCCAUAAAGCUGUCUUAGCUGCCAGUUCUCCGUAUUUCCGUGACCAUUCAGCAUUAAGCACCAUGAGUGGCCUAUCUAUAUCAGUUAUUAAAAACCCCAAUGUUUUUGAACAGUUGCUUUCUUUUUGUUACACUGGAAGGAUGUCCUUGCAACUGAAGGACGUUGUCAGUUUUCUGACUGCAGCUAGCUUCCUACAGAUGCAGUGCGUCAUUGACAAGUGCACGCAGAUUCUGGAGAGUAUCCAUUCAAAGAUCAGUGUCGGUGAUGUUGAUUCUGUCACUGUUGGUGCCGAAGAGAAUUCAGAGAAUCGCAAUGGCGUUAAAGACAGCAGCUACUUUGCCAACCCUAUUGAGAUAUCUCCUCCCUAUUGCUCUCAGGUGCGACAGUCAGCAGCAGGCAGCGAUCUUCGGAUGGAAACUACUCCGGGCAAAACUCUUCGUAGUCGUCUGCAGGAAGAAGGGCACUCAGACCGAGGGAGCAGCGGAAGUAUCUCUGAAUAUGAGAUUCAGAUUGAAGGUGAUCAUGAGCAAGGAGACCUGAUAGUGAGGGAAAGUCAGAUUGCAGAGGUGAAAGUUAAGAUGGAAAAGUCUGACAGGCCAAGCUGCUCUGAUAGCUCUUCCCUUGGUGAUGAUGGAUAUCACACUGAAAUGGUGGAUGGAGAGCAGGUGGUGGCAGUAAAUGUUGGUUCCUAUGGGUCUGUCUUACAACAUGUUUAUUCAUUUACCCAUGCCUCAUCACAGGCUACGGGUGUGUCAGAAACCUUUGGAAGCCUGAGCAAUACAAGUCCUUCAAGGUCAAUGCUGAGCUGUUUCAGAGGGGGUCGUGCACGCCAAAAACGAGUACCUGCGGGUCACUUGCACAGUGAUGUCCAGGGCCUGGGGCAAGGGGCUGACAGUGAAUCCAUGGUGAGUAAUCCAGGAUAUGAAAAUAGUCCACGGGAAAGAAACACAAGAGGUCAUUGGUAUCCAUACAAUGAGAGGCUCAUUUGUAUUUACUGUGGCAAAUCUUUCAACCAGAAAGGGAGCCUUGAUCGACAUAUGCGAUUGCACAUGGGAAUAACUCCUUUUGUGUGCAAGUUUUGUGGAAAGAAAUAUACCCGUAAGGACCAGCUUGAGUAUCAUAUUCGUGGUCACACAGAUGACAAACCCUUUCGCUGUGAGAUCUGUGGAAAAUGUUUUCCUUUCCAGGGUACACUAAACCAGCACUUGCGAAAAAAUCACCCGGGGGUUACAGAAGUGAGAAACAGGGUUGAGUCUCCAGACAGAACAGAAGCGUUCGUGGAACAGAAAGUAGAUAAUGAUGCUUCAGCCUCUGAAGCCAUGGAUUCUAGUAUGGAAAUUCAUGCAAUGUCUAACACAUCUGAUUAAAAUCUUACAUCUAAGUGAAACACAGACAAGCACAUUACUAAUGUAUUUUUUAAGUAUUUUAUUCUUUUAGUAAUCUUCAGUACAAGUGUAACAGCCUUUUAAUUUUCCUGACCUUCUGGAAAUCAGUUAGAAAUGGUUUCUGGUGAAGAUUUCAGAAGUAUUCUUUAUUUUUGAAGGAGGCUGAAUUGUUUGGAGUUUGUUUUUUUAUAUUUGAAGAUGCUCAGAAUAUAAAGACAGUGUCCUUGGGAAAGGCUAGGAAGAGUCUGUUAAAGUGUCCCUGCUGAUUGAUCUGGUGAGACACAAAUGCCAGUGGAGAAGGAUAUUGGAAUAAGAUUGGCAGCUCUGCUGAAGCUCAAAGAAGCUGUAAUUUCCUUUAUUUCUUAAAUCUUGUUGCUGGUAAUGUGUUACACAGCAGUGGGGAGAGAGAAUAUUACAGCUUUGAUUCCUCUUCUGUCACAAUGAAAUCUGUUCACUCUUACUGAUUGGUUUUGGUAGUGAGUCUGUUUAUAUAUAUAAAUUUGCUUUAUAUAUAUAAAAUGCUUUCACUUUCCCUGUUCUGGUUGAGGUGAACGUAGAAGUAUGUCAAGGCUAAUACCAUAUGCCACUUUAUCAAUUGUUAGGACCCCUGUCUGCUUAGGGUUUAGAACUUUGGACUUUGGAAGGAUGGUUUUGGUUUUAAAUGAAUGUUGUUUGGUUUUCAUUUGAUUAAACUAUUUUUGUGCAAAAGUGAGCAAAGUGAAUUACCUUGUUUUAAUAGCUUUGCUUUAUGACAUAUGUAAACCAAAUGCCAUAAAUCUAUUAAACUAUGGUUAAAUUGUUGAAAGGUUUUGUUAGUUGUCUAGAAUGCAAGCUGGACAACCUGUGGUGCUGACCUUUUUAUAUAUAUAGAGAUAGAUAUAUCUAUAUAUAUAUAUAGAUAUAGAUAGACACACACACACACACACACACAUACACACAUAUAUAUAUAUAUAUAAAAUAUUAACAAACCUAAAAGUAGCAUUGUGGUCUAAAAUGUGUUUUUACUGGCCUCAGAAUCUACCUUCAUUUCGUACUGUAGAACCAUACCAGGUAAUUAAAUUUAACUUCAUCACUCUUCAUGGUUGUUAAAACAUGGGAGAGAUGUCGUUUAAACCACAGUAUUUCCAAGCAGUAUUUUAAUAGGUCUCUUCACAGAGAGAUGUUUUCAGGUGCACGUUGACUUCCUACUUAAAUCUCCAAGUGAUAUGCCAGCACUUGGAAUUUGUACUUUUUUUGUAUAGAAAAACAAAUAAUCUAUGGGAAUUUUGAGCAAUAUGUUAUUUCAUGUGUGAGUAUUACAGAGUUGCUAUGGCUUCUCUGUUUUUUCAGUGGUUUUUUUCUCUAUAAAGGAGCUACCGACAACUUUAAAAAUACUCUAAAUCUCUUUUGUUUCACCAAAUACGUGUUUUUAAUAUGGUGCUAACUUCAUAAUUUAGGUCAGUAUAAUAUAUAAAAUGUGAAACAUAAUCAUAAUGGUCAAGGAAAAAUAUCCCCAACAACAGACAAGCAAAAUCCCCCC